AUGGCGGACGGCGGCCCCCCCGUGCUGGACCCGGCCGAGGCAGACGCGCACUGGGCGCUGAUCCGGGACAAGGUGGGGUGGGGGGAGGCGGGCACCGGCCGGGGACCCCCGUGCCCGGGCCAGGGGCACCCCGGCUCACGCGCACCCCCGCAGGUGGCGGAGCAACACCUGGGCGCGGCGGCCGUGGCGACGCGGGCGCUGUGGGCAGCGGGCACGGCGCCCUACGACCUGCUGGCCGUGCUGGUGAAGCGGGGCCCGUGGGUGCCAGGCCGGGCGCGGGCGCUGGGGCCGGCGGGCUGGCUGGACAAGCUGGCGGUGCGGGGGGCCGAGGCGCUGGCGGGCCGCGGGCCGGCGCGGGGGCCGCAGGCCGAGGCGCGCUACGAGGAGACGCGCCUGGUGGCCGGGGUGCCGCGGCAGGUGGCGGUGGUGCUGGCCGGGGCGCGGCGCGAGGCGGUGCCGGAGACAGCGCUGGAGCCGGGCUGCGUGGCGCUGUGGCCCGACCUGCCCUGGCUGCGGGCGCAGCGCAGCAUCUACGUGGUGCACCAGGUGCUGCGCUGCACCAGCCUGGUCCUCACCGUCAUGCAGGACGGCGUGGCCCGCAGCCGGCGCCUGGCACGCCCCGGCCCCCUCGCCUUCACCUGCCUCAAGCUGGCGCUGGGCCCCGACGGCGUCCUGGGGCCGCAGAAGCCGCUGGGCCGCGCCCUGCCUGCCCGCUUGGCCUGGGCCCUGCCCCCGGCCCGCACCGAGCCCCCCGAGCCCCGGCUGCGGACCUGGUGGCCACGCCGGCGCCGCAGGGAGCCUGACCGGCACUCCAUGUCGCUGCCCCUGCUGCAGAGCCUGGCCGCCGACUCUGACAGCGACCCCUGAGGCCUCGGCGCCAGGACAGGCACCAAAAUACAUGCCAACAUCACACGGCACCGCGUCCGUGUCCUGCGGGAAGGGCCCCCACCUCCUAGGCCGUGCUAACACAGGACUCCAGCACG